AUGGGCCACCACCGAACGGGGGACGCCGACACAGCGUCGCGCGAUCCCGUACAAGCAACCUACAAUGGAAAGAACAUCGAGAACUUAUCGCAUACAACACCACUGUCAAGCCAGAAAUCGAAUCGCAGUCUGGAGAUUGGCAUUGCGCCGGUAGAAGAGAUACAGGAGAAAGCGUACGUGACGCAAGAUGACCGAAUCACUGAAGCGAAGGGUGCCAAAGGGGAAGAGUGGGAGGCUUUGAAGCAAGUCAAAAGCAAGCACAGCGUGAGAGAUGCAGGGAACAUCCCCAACGGAGGCCUAUGGGCAUGGCUACAAGUCCUCGGUGGAUUCUUCCUCUUGUUUAAUAGCUGGGGUAUUGUCAACACGUUUGGAUCCUAUCAAGCAUACUACGAAACGACACUCCUCCCCUCGUCCUCACCCAGCAGCAUAUCCUGGAUUGGGUCCAUCCAAGCGUUCCUCCUCCUUGAAGUCGGCGCUCUAACUGGUCCCAUCUACGACGCAGGCUACUUCCGCGAACUCCUACUCUUCGGUUCCUUCAUGCUAGUCUUCGGACAAAUGAUGUUGUCUCUGUGCACUUCCUACUGGCAGGUCCUCCUCGCGCAGGCCUUCUGCAUUGGCAUCGGUACGGGUGCGCUGUUUGUCCCUUCUGUCGCCAUCCUAUCCACUUACUUCAGCACAAAGAUUGGCAUGGCCAUUGGCAUUGCCGCCGCCGGCAGCUCGUUUGGCGGCGUCGUUUACCCAAUUGUGUUCCACAAACUGCUCCCUCAAAUCGGGUUCGCCUGGACGACCCGCGUGUUAGGCUUCAUCAUCCUUGCCACCAUGGUCGUACCGUGCGUAUGCAUGCGCGUGCGUGUGCUGCCAGCCAAGUCCCGCUCACUGCUCGACCUGAAAGCUUUUUGCAUCCCUGCCUACUCUUUGCAGGUCACCGGCUUCUUCUUCGGGUUCAUGGGCUUGUACAUGCCCUUCUUCUAUGCGCAGGUGUACGCACUGGAGAAGCACUUAACCAACGACAACCUCGCCUUCUACCUCCUGACCAUAAUGAACUCGACCAGCGUUUUUGGAAGAAUCAUUCCCAACCUUUUCGCUGACCGCCUGGGUCCGUUUAAUGUCGUCAUUCCGUGUUGUCUCAUGUCAGGGGUGCUCUGUAUAGCGUACACGGGCGUCAGCAACUCGGCAGGGAUCUGUGUCUUAAUGGCCUUAUACGGUUUCUUCUCUGGCUCCUUCGUGUCUCUUCCUCCGACCAUCAUUGUCCGUCUGUCCCAAGAUAAACGUGAAAAGAUCGGAACGCGACUAGGACAGAGUUUCGCCAUUGUUGCUCUUGGCGUUCUCGUCGGAACUCCUAUCGGUGGAGCGGUACUCGAUCACAGUGGGUUUGACGCUCUGUGGAUAUCUGGCGGCUGCAUGCUGUUUGGUAGCGCAGUCGUAUUGAUAGCGGCUCGGGUCAGCUUUGGGGGUUGGAGACUUGGCGUGAAGGUGUGA